AUAGUUAAUAUUUAAGCACUUUCCUGUUUGCAUCUUUCUUUUUAACAGAGAGAAGUCAUUUCGGUUGCUUGUGUGAGAAUCCUUCAUCAUGAUUUCUCCUGUGUUAGCCCUGUUGGUGAGUUUUCUUUGCCAUUGUGUGAUUGAAGGACGGAAUUGUCCAAAGCCACAGGAGUUACCAUUUUCUACAGUUGUUCCAUUAAAAUGGAGUUAUGAACCAGGGGAACAAAUUUUGUAUUCUUGCAAGCCUGGUUAUGUGUCGAGAGGUGGAAUGAGAAGAUUUAUAUGCCCUCUCACGGGAAUGUGGCCCAUCAACACCCUGAAAUGUCAACCAAGAAUAUGCCCUUUUGCUGGAGUUUUAGAAAAUGGAGUUGUGCGCUAUACAACCUUUGAAUACCCUAAUACUGUGAAUUUUACUUGUAAUAAAGGAUUUCAUCUCAAUGGGACUGCUUCUGUUAAGUGCACAGAAGAAGGAAGAUGGAGUCAUUCCCUACCCAUCUGCUCUCCUAUAACUUGUCCUCCACCAUCCAUACCUAAUUUUGCCACACUAAAACUGCAUGGGACUUCAGCUAAAAACAUCUCCUUCUAUCAAGACACAGCAGGCUUUGACUGUUUGCCCCAUUAUGCAAUGUUUGGGAAUGACACAAUUACAUGUACAGAAAAUGGAAAUUGGACUGAACUACCAGAAUGCAGAGAAGUAAAAUGUCCAUUUCCAACAAGACCAGAUAAUGGAUUUGUAAACUAUCCUGCAAACACUGCACUUUAUUAUAAAGACAAAGCCACUUAUGGCUGCCAUGAGACAUAUGCCCUAGAUGGACCAGAAGAAGUAGAAUGUGGAAAAUUUGGUACCUGGUCUGCAUCACCAACAUGUAAAGCAUCUUGUAAAAUUCCUGUUAAAAAAGCUACUGUGUUAUACAAAGGCGAGAAAGUGAAUAUCCAAGACAAACUUAAGAAUGGAAUUCUGCAUGGUGAAAUCAUUAGUUUCUUCUGUAAAAAUAAAGAAAAGAAAUGCAGUUAUACUGAGGAUGCACAGUGUUUAGAUGGGAAUCUUGAAAUUCCCAGCUGCUUCAAAGAACACAGUUCUUGGGCUUUCUGGAAAACAGAUGCAUCAGACAGAGAGCCAUGCUAAAGUUGUUCACAAAUUCAGAAUUCAGUAUGAAAUAUUUGUAUCCCUUAAAGUAAAAGUUGGAGGGAAAAAAUACCCAAGUUGUCUGUUAAAUUCUUUCAGCUCUUCUAAAACUUUUUAGUGACUCGAACAUCUGGAACACCAUCAUUUUCAUAAUGGUGAAGUAGACAGUGGAACCACUGUUCAGUAUAGUUCAAUUUCCCAGCUCUGUUCUGUUAUUUCAGAAAGACUUGACCUCAAAACUCCAGAUAAAUGAAGUAUAAGUGGCUUUUAGCUUGAAUUGUCUAUGCAUUUUCCUUAAGUCUCUAUUAUGUAAUAUCCCAGAGAAUCUAUUAAGCAGUAAAUUGGAUAGACAGGCUAUAAUUAAAUACAAAUAUUUUAUAUUUAACAAUUAAUAAUGUAAUGAUUGUAGUUGUAUUCAAAUAUAUUUUGCAGAGUUUAUAUUUCAUCUACUGUGAGGUGUUCUGAGUAAUUCUCAUAAAGCUAUAUUCACCUAUAGUCCCAGACCAAGAACGAAAUUACUUAAUUUACUUUUAAUAGAAUUAGGUUGGACUCUGUUCUGUUUCUGUAUUCUGUAACAAAUUUGAGGGCCAUUUUUUAUGUAGCCAGGUUGAAGAUGGCUGGGUGUUAUGUUCAGGAUAGUCACCUGGACAAAGCAUAUCACGUGGCUCUCACUACUGAUGCCUUGUUCAUAGCUAAAGUUUUUCUUGCAGUUCAAGAGCAGUCAGGCACAUGGAUAGGCUUGGAGAUGAAUAAAAUUGAAGAAAUUCUCUCUGUGACUCAUCAUCACUUCAGCCUGAUCUGAGGAAAAUCUCUUUUCUUUUUUGGGUUCUCUCUCUCUCAGUCUCAAAUAGCAUACAUAUUGUUUUGGACUGAAAUCAUUGUUACUGCCCCUAUUCUUUAACAAUGGCUCUGAUAACACAGAAAUACAAAUAAGCAUUUAAAUAAACAAGCUUUCUGGUUGUGAUGGUU